CACACUCAUGCAUUCUUGUCAAGUCAUCUUGUGAAAGGCUGCCUGCUUCCAGCUUGGCUUGGAUGUGCAACCUUAAUAAAACUCACUGAGGUCUGGGAGAAAAUAGCAGAUCUGCAGCAGAUAGGGUAGAGGAAAGGGUCUAGAAUAUGUACACGCAGCUGAUUCAGGCAGGCUACACGCUGAACGGUUACACUGAGAGGAAACCAUAAAUCUCAGCUACUAUGCAAUAAAUAUCUCAAGUUUUAACUAAGGAAACUAUCUUUACAGUGAAAUUUAAAAAAUAACAUUUUAGAACAAAGCUAACAAAUGGCUAGUUUUCUGUGAUUCUUCUACAAAAACUUUCUUUGAGAGGGGAAAAAGUCAAACAAACAAGCAGUUUUACCUGAAAUAAAGAACUAGUUUAAAGGUCAGAAGAAAGGAGCAAGUUUUGCGAGAGGCACGGAAAGAGAGUGCUGGCAGUACAAUGACAGUUUUCCUUUCCUUUGCUUUCCUCGCUGCUAUUCUGACUCACAUAGGGUGCAGCAACCAGCGCCGAAGUCCAGAAAACGGUGGGAGAAGAUAUAAUCGGAUUCAACAUGGGCAGUGUGCCUACACUUUCAUUCUUCCAGAACACGACGGGAACUGUCGUGAGAGUACGACAGACCAGUACAACACAAACGCUCUGCAGAGAGAUGCUCCACACGUGGAACAGGAUUUCUCUUCCCAGAAACUUCAACAUCUGGAGCAUGUGAUGGAAAAUUAUACUCAGUGGCUGCAAAAAAUUGAGAACUACAUUGUGGAAAAUAUGAAGUCGGAGAUGGCUCAGAUACAGCAGAAUGCAGUUCAGAACCACACCGCCACCAUGCUCGAGAUAGGGACCAGCCUCCUCUCUCAGACCGCAGAGCAGACCAGAAAGCUGACAGAUGUUGAGACCCAGGUACUAAAUCAAACUUCUCGACUUGAAAUACAACUGCUGGAGAAUUCAUUGUCAACAUACAAGCUAGAGAAACAACUUCUUCAACAGACAAAUGAAAUCCUAAAGAUUCAUGAGAAAAACAGUUUAUUAGAACAUAAAAUCUUUGAAAUGGAGGGAAAGCACAAGGAAGAAUUGGACACCUUAAAGGAAGAAAAAGAGAAUCUUCAAGGCUUGGUUACUCGUCAAACAUAUAUAAUCCAGGAACUGGAGAAACAACUGAACAGAGCCACCACCAAUAACAGUGUCCUUCAGAAGCAGCAGCUGGAGCUGAUGGACACAGUGCAUAACCUUGUCAACCUCUGCACUAAGGAAGGUGUUUUACUAAAGGGAGGAAAAAAAGAGGAAGAAAAGCCAUUUAGAGACUGUGCAGAUGUAUAUCAAGCUGGUUUUAAUAAAAGUGGAAUCUACACUAUUUAUAUUAAUAAUAUGCCAGAACCCAAAAAGGUAUUUUGCAAUAUGGAUCUCAAUGGGGGAGGUUGGACUGUAAUACAGCAUCGUGAAGAUGGAAGUCUAGAUUUCCAAAGAGGUUGGAAAGAAUAUAAAAUGGGUUUUGGAAAUCCCUCUGGUGAAUAUUGGUUGGGGAAUGAGUUUAUUUUUGCCAUAACCAGUCAGAGGCAGUACACACUAAGAAUCGAGUUAAUGGACUGGGAAGGAAACCUAGCCUAUUCACAAUACGACAGAUUCCACAUAGGAAAUGAAAAGCAAAAUUACAGGUUGUAUUUAAAGGGUCACACUGGGACAGCAGGAAAACAGAGCAGCCUGAUCUUACACGGUGCUGAUUUCAGCACUAAAGAUGCUGAUAAUGACAACUGCAUGUGCAAAUGUGCCCUCAUGCUAACAGGAGGCUGGUGGUUUGAUGCUUGUGGCCCAUCCAAUCUAAAUGGAAUGUUUUAUACAGCGGGGCAGAACCACGGAAAACUGAAUGGAAUAAAGUGGCAUUACUUCAAAGGGCCCAGUUACUCCUUACGUUCCACAACUAUGAUGAUUCGACCUUUGGACUUUUGAAGGCACAAUGUCAAAAGCAAUUUAAAAGGCCACCAAGAAAUCUGGAGAAGCCACCAGAUGAGAAACUACUUGGAAACUUCUGAAGCAAACAAUAUUGUCUCCCUUCCAGCAACAAGUAGCAGUUAUGUGAAGUCACCAAGGUUCUUGACUGUGAAUUUGGAACCUUUUGAUUUCACAAAAGCCUCUCCUUGGGGUGACUGUGUUCAUAUGGCUUGACUAUAGAGAAUGCCACUCACUGUCAUGCUUUAAAAAGGGAAGAAACUGUUCAGCUCGCUGUGCUUCAAACUACUACUGGAUCUUAUUACAGAACUAUAGUAACCAGAUGAUAAAUAUGGUUUAUUUCACGUAAAACCGAAGAAAAGAAGAUGAACAACAAGAACAAAAAGAGUAUACGUGAAGAAUAAAAACAGGCCUGCCAUAAUCCUUUGGGAAAGAUGUGUUACACCAGUGAAAUGGUGUUAUUUCUCUGCAAACCUGCUAACAAUAAGUUUGUACUGUUGCACAAUUUUAAUAAAAGUUUAGGAAGAACAGCAUUGCCCUCUGAGUUGGUUAAAUGGAUUUCAGAAGCCUAAUUCCUAAAUCAUACUUACUAGUUGAUUUCAGUUAACCCGUCUUCAAAUGUAAAUUCCAUUUUGGUAAACUAUAAAGAAUUAUAGUGCCUGAAGAACAGCAGUGUGAGGUAGAAAUACACUCCAUUACUCUUUGAUAUUUUUGGUACAGUUUUCAGAAAAAAUGGACAUAAUCAAGUAUGGACAUAUAAGGUGAAAAAUGAUCCCCCCCAUGCUACAGUUUUCAUUUACUUUAGAAACUGACUGAUAUAUAAAUAUGUUUAUAGCCUGAGUAAAGUUUAAAGAAUGUGAAAUAUAUCAUCAAGCCCUUAAAAUAAU